UGCACUGACCUGUACUACAUGUAAUGUAGAGAUCAGUGCAGCUGUGUCUCCGACGAAGAGGUAUGGGUCGACUGAAGCAGAGCGUCACUCCGGAGGAAGAGGAAGCGUGGCGCGAACGGCGACGCGUCGCUACUCGAGAGCGAGUGAGACGACUUCGGUCCGAUCCAGAGUAUCGCGCCGCCGAAGCGGCGGCGAAACGUCGGCGAUUCGCAGAAAAUCCGGAGUUGCGAGCCCGCGCUAGGGAGCAAACCCGUUUGAGCGUCCAGAAGCGUCGCCAAAACGAUCCGGGGCUGCGAGUCAUGGAAAACUUCCAGCGACUUGUUCGAAAAUCCAUGGGACGUGCUGACGGACGGUUUGCCCGCGAGUUUCUAAGCAAUACAGUCGAGUGGAUGAUUCCCAAAGGGCCCGGUGAUGAUUCCAACAGGGCAAGCGGUUCGGAAAAGCGCCCCAAGAAUGUGGAUUCCCUCGAUACCAAACGCCAGAAGAAGAACGAGCGAAUGCGCCUGUGGCGGGCUAAGAUGUCACCCGACACCAAGGCCAGGGAAGCUGAACGGAAGCGACGACAGCGAGUGGCCGCGUCACCUGGCACCAAGGCCAGGGAAGCAGAAAGAAAGCGGCAGCAGAGAGUGGCCGCGUCACCGGGCACCAAGGCCCGGGAAGCAGCAAGAAAGCGGCAGUGGCGAGUGGCUGCAUCACCGGUCACCAAGGCCAGGGAAGCUGAGCGUAGUCGGCAGCGGCGAGUGGCCGCGUCACCGGGCACCAAGGCCAGGGAAGCGGUACGAAAGCGGCAGCAGAGAGUGGCCGCGUCACCGGGCACCAAGGCAAGGGAAGCGGUACGAAAGCUGCAGCAGUGGCUGUCAUCGCAACCGGGUCCCAGCACCGACUACAGCAACACACCCAUGGGACAAACCCCGGCGGCAGCUGAUAGAGUCAAGGCACAGACAGUUCGGGUGCACAGGACAGAAAGGCGAUGGCCUCUUGUCAUGUGUCCGCAUCAUUCAACAUUGGCAGCUGAAGCUCUUGGGGCGGCAACGGCCGACUUCAGCGCUGUGUUCCCGGACAUAGAUUUCAAACAGGCUGCUGAGGUGGCAUGUGACAAGCCACCGUUUAUCGAGGCCAGCCUGGUGAGUACCACCUGCCGGGUAGAACCGUGGCGAGGCCUCCAAGACAAGUGCGUCGGCGAGUACGAGGCCGUGGUCCAGCAUGCAGAACGGUCCUGCCAGACCGAACAUCACAUCACGCUAGUCCAGUGCAGAAAGCCACAAGUUUCAACCUGCAGCGUCGAAGUGCAGGCUGACCCAUGGUGCCAGCAUCAUUGUGGAAUUGGGCCCAUUGGUGUCGACUUGUGUGAAACCUGAAGCCUACAAGUUCAAGCACUAAGGACCUGCCAUGACCAACAAAACUGCGCAUUUACUGGGUGCACUACAGUUGAGGAGUGCGUUUGCCUCCUACUCGGUGAAGGACCAGUUUGAGCUUGCAUAUGACAUCUUGCGAGCCAUCAGUGUCCGCCUCUGCCCAGCCGUCCUCGAACAUUCCGAGUGCACCCUGUCAUUGGAUGUAAAGUGUUAUGAGGCUUGCUGCGUGCCAUCUGGAUAUCACCGUCCCGAAUUCCUCAGAACCAGAUGUGAGUGAUGUCUAGUCUGUAACUGGUGUUAUCCAUUGCCGGAGCAGAAAAUAAAUCAGACAUUGUUGUCUUAUGUCCACAA